AUGACUUCUUGCUACGGUUCGUUCUACCUCAAUAUCGACUACACCAGCGAAGUGGAUGGCUGCUACGAGGACACCACCACGAGCAUAAACGACUUGGACGGGUACUUCCUGGACGGCGUGGAGGCUGGAGGAUCAUCGGUGUUUGUCUGGGUGGUCGCCAACGUGUACGACAUGGACGUGGAAGAAGGCAUUUUUGAUGCAGCCACAACAUGUAAAGAUGCCUACGAGGAGGACGCGACUACGUUGCACCCGGUGGAGGUGAUCCAGUGGAACUGCUACAGCACGGCAGAUGAAGACUACACCAGAUUGGACGAGAUAGAAAUCACCUGCAGCUGCGGCACCGUCGCGGGCCUCACUUCCUCUCCUGUGUACUCUCCGAUCGCCACGCCCGAGCCAACCCCUGCUCCUGUAUCUCCUCCGAUUGCCAUGCCCGAGCCUACUCCUGCUCCCGUCGAGCCUACCCCCCUUACCCCCGCUCCCAUCACCCCAACCCCAGCUCCUGUGUCCCCUCCGAUCGCUACGCCCGAGCCUACGCCUGCUCCCGUCGAGCCUACCCCCCGUACCCCCGUUCCCAUCACGCCCACCACAAUACCUUUUCCUACCCCUGCUCCCGCCGAGCCUACGACCCCUCUCACUCCCGCCCCCAUCGCCCUCGCCCCCCCAGCUCCUGCAUCCCCUCCUACCACCACGCCUUCUCCUGCACCUGGUGACCAAGCCAACGCGCUCACUGCCGCUCCCAUCGUCCUCUACGCGCCAGACCCUGUCGCCUCUCCGACUGCCACGCCUUUUCCUACCACUGCUCUCACCGAGUCUACUUCCCCCUUCACCCCAUCACCACUCCCUGAUAUCACCACUACUCCGGCCACGGUGGCUUCAUCUGGCGGUGGAUUCGGUGGUGGGCUGGUCGUAGGGGCGAUCGCGAUCUUAAUCCUGCUGUUCAAGACCGGCCGUCUAAAGCAUUGCAGGAAUGGCAACUCACACGGCCCGUCACCGGGGGUGGGCCAAAUACCUGCUGCUGCCGGUCCUUCUGCCAUGGAAAGUGCCAGGCGGGGCAUGCAGCUUCCGGCCGCAAUCCAGUACCCUGAGGCUCUGCGCGCAUAG